AUGAACUUGCUUGCCUUCCGAUGUUGGCAAGAGCUGCCUGCCGAGCAGCAAAUCCAACGCCUGGAGCUUUGCUGCGCAGAAGUGUUGGACACAUUGCAGCGGGCAGCCCGCGAAGGUGUGCCGUGGCAGGUGAUUGUUGCUGGCAGCGGCCGGUUUGCGGAGGCUUGCUUCAGCGCUGCAGCCAGCAUGCUGCGCAGUGCCCAAUGUGAGCAGGAGCUUCAUGUGCAGGUCGUGCUGGUGGAGGCCAGUGGCUGGCGAGAGGUGGAGACUGCCCUCUCCGUGGUGAGCUUGCCGCCAGCUUCUGAAGAGCCCAUCUGCCGCGUGGUGGCCGGGACAGUGGAAGUACCUCGGCUGGAAAGGUGGCGUGCCGAGUUGGUGCAGGACGGUAGGAUCGGCGUUCGCAUCGGCGGCCGCUACGUGAUCACUGGUGGCAGUGGUGGAUUAGGAACAGCCUGUGCGCAGUGGCUCCUGAACCAAGGUGCCGGCUCCCUGAUACUUCUUUCCCGCAGGCGCCCGGCCAUAUGUGAUGGAGCUUGCCCGGCCGAGUGGUUUGAAUGCGACGUCUCCUUGCCUUCGGCUUUGCAAGAGGCCAUAAACCAGAUACGGACAGGGGGCCCCGUACAUGGCAUCAUCCACGCCGCGGGGGUGCUCGCCGACAAGCUGCUGGCAGAACAGACACCAGAAGAUCUCCAUUCCUGCAUGGCCUGCAAGAUCGUCCCCGCUUUGCUCCUGCCGCAGCUCGAGUGCGAGGAUUGGAUUGUGAAUUUUAGCUCCGUGAGCUCUGUCUUGGGGAGUGCCGGGCAAGUUGCCUACAGUGCCGCCAACGGCUGCCUCGAUGGGUUGGGCCAGGCAGCUCCCGAUCGUGCUCCACUUGUGCUGACGAUCCAGUGGGGCCCAUGGGCGGAAGGCAUGGCCUUUCGCACGGAAGGUGCUUUGCAACAUGCUGCAAAGAGGGGUUGGACCCCCUUUACUCGAAACUCCGGCCUAGGAGUCCUCGACCUGUUGCUUCGCUGUGGUGCGCAGGGGACUACUUGUGCGCUGCACGAUGGCGAGUGUGGUGCUGGUGGUGAUUGUGAAGGUGAGCCCAGCGAAGUGGUACAAGAACCGCGGGCCUCAUCAGCUUCACCCUCCAUGAAGCCGUCGGCAGUGGAAGCAUCUUACGAGGAAGUGCUGGGCAGGGUGCGGAGGGUUGUUGCACAGACGGCGGAAGAUGACACUUCCGACACAAGCCCCUUGCAUGAGGCCUUGACUUCCCUCAGUCUUACGGAGCUCAGACAUCAUCUAAAGGAAGAGUUCAGGAUGGAUUUUCCCCAAACAUUGAUCUUCUCAUUUCCGACAGUGAAAGAGAUCGCCGGUUACAUCAGUGGAGAGUUGAAAGACCCCUGGGUUGAGCUCAGAAGUUCUCAUACAGCUGGCAUGGUCUUGUUCCUUGUGGGCGGUGCUGCCGCUGACGUGCAGAAGUCCUUUGGCGAUUUUGCCGAAGGGUAUAGUGGUCGAGUCUUUGCAGCUAUGCCCCCAAGAGCAAGAGACAUGACAAUGGACCGAGUCCUUGAGGAGCUUGGACCGUCCCUGGAGCGAAGACUCCGAGACUUGAAGGAGCCUUUCGCGAUAGGUGGCCUGUCCUUCGGGGCCACGGUGGCCAUGGAGCUAGCCAGACGCUGGGCUGAUGCAGCCCGGUAUGUUGUGCUGCUUGACCCACGCAACAUACCUCCCUACAGCCUGCCUGCAGCUUCUCUUCGUGAGCCACUGUGGUACGAACGUAUCUGCAUCGGUUUGGAGGCAUGCACCCUUCCGAUGCCUGCAGUCCAUGUCUGCGCAAGCACGGCGUCCCGACACAAUGAUGGCUUCAAGGCGAGUGCAUCUCAAGGUUUCCAGCGGGACGCUGAAGUCCAUGAUCGGCUCGAGAAGAUCUUCAAGCAGGCCAUCUUGCCUGUCCCGACAAAUGCGGACCACUUUGAAUUCCUAGAUGGUGAGAGUGCCUGCGAGCUUGCAGAGAAAAUUGUGGAGGUCAUGAAGCUCGAAGAGCUCAACGAAGCAGAGGAGAACAUUCCAGGUUGUCAGAGGCCUAACAUGUGGGCAGAAGUUGCAGGCUUCGCGUGCAACUUUCCAGCAGGACAACAGGGAUUCGAUGCUGUCCUCCAGUCUUUGCUUCGCGGCAGUGACGGUGUCUCAACAGUCCCCUUCUCCAGACUGGACUUGGAUGUAAGCUCCGUGUACACCACUCACGCGGCUUGCAUCCCGGAAGUGGAGUUCUUUGACCAUGAGAGCUUUAAGAUCAAGAUCCCUGAGGCCCAGGCUAUGGACCCACAGCAGCGUGUACUCUUGGAGCAAUCAGCCGUGGCCUUGGGCUCAUUGCGCACGCGUGAUCACCCGCUUAGCUUCGGAGUUUGGAUCGGUCAGGCGAACCAUGACUGGCUCUGCCGGAGUUGGCAGAGUAAUUCGCCCUUUGCAGCCGGGGGUGCUUCGCCGUCCAUUUCUGCAAACAGGCUUAGCUACAUCUUCCGGCUCCUCGGCCUGUUCUUCCAGCUUAGUGGCGCUCUGCAUGGCUCGGGAUGCAGGG